UGCAGGACACCCACGUGUUACACGCUGCUCCGCCUCCAAAACACUCACGUUACAGAGACUUUGAGAAAAUGAGCUGUAUUUUWAAAAAAAGUAACUGUUUAAAUUAAUAUAAUUUAAGUUAAUUUUCAGACUUUUAUGGUGCUACGGGUAUGUCCUUGCUCUAAAUUAGCCCAGGGUGUCCGGAGACUAUUUGCUCAAACCACAACACGUGGAUUCGUCGCUGUUUGGACAUUUUUCGGGUUCGACGGAGGAGCUGAGGCAGCCGAGUAGAUUAAAACACUUAACGUCCAGCUCAAAGCCAACUGCUUGUAAACAACAUGGAGUACCUGCCGGAUAAAAACUCCAGCUACAAAGACGUUACCUACUGGGAUGACAGGUACAGGACGGAGCAACACUAUGAUUGGUURGGCAGUUUCUCCAGCUUUAAGCACCUUCUGGAAAAAAUCAUCAAGAAAGAAGAUUCCAUCCUCAUACUGGUCUGACUCAUCGUAUCCAAAAGGUUGUGGAAACAGCAGUUUGGGUGGAGACAUGUACGGCGCCGGCUACCGUGCGAUUACCAACAUAGACUACUCCUCGGUGUGCAUCGGCGCUAUGAGUGCCAGGUACAGCAGUUGUCCCGGUAUGACCUGGCAUCAGAUGGACGUUCGUCAGCUCUCCUUUGCCGAUGCAUCCUUUGACGCCAUCCUUGAGAAGGCGACGCUGGACGCCAUCAUGGUUGAGGAGAAGUCGCCAUGGGAGGUCUCUCCUGAAACUUCAUCCUUCAUUCAUCAAGCUCUCAUCGAGGUAGCCGUAAAAACCUUUGUACUUUAUAUUAGGACUUAAGGUUU